UAGAUUUUUGUAUUGCCGAAAUCUGGACUUCUCAUUGGUCGAAGCGCGUCACAUUUAACCAACACCAUUUCUACUCUCCAAAACUUCUUUCAAACUUAAAAACCUUCGUUUGUCCCUCCCGCCGGUCAUUUCGCACUGCUGUCAACAGUCGUCCACUCACCACAAUUCCAUGAGCAUGACGUUUCAUUUCGACAGGAUAUGAUUUCGGGGUUUUUCUUUUGAAGCAAGACUUGGGGUUUGAAUGGCGGGAGCAAAGAAAUUGGUGGACAAGAAUGGGAAGAAUAGUGAGAGUAACAACAAAUUGCUAUCGGCAGCAAUGGUGGCUGUGAUGGUUGCUCUACUAGCAAUCAAUACCAGGACUAGUUGGAGUUCCUUUCUUGGGCUCAAUUAUCAGAACCUCAAUCGAUGCAAACAAGAGUCAUGUAAAUUUACUGGGAUGGUGGAGGAUUGCUGUUGUGAUUAUGAGACAGUCAACAUUCUAAAUGAAGAAGUUUUGCAUCCUCUGCUGCAAGAGCUUGCUAUGACACCAUUUUACAGAUACUUCAAGGUUAAAUUGUGGUGUGACUGUCCUUAUUGGCCCGAUGAUGGGAUGUGCCGAUUGCGUGAUUGUAGCGUCUGUGAAUGUCCAGAAAAUGAGUUUCCGGAGACUUUUAGAAAGCCAUCUAAUGUUCUGAAAAAAGAAGAUCUGAUGUGCCAAGAGGAGAAACCUCAAGCUGCAGUUGACCGAACAUUAGACAAAAAGGUGUUCAGAGGCUGGGCAGUGGUUGAUAAUCCGUGGACAAAUGAUGAUGAGACUGAUAACAGUGAGAUGACAUAUGUAAACCUUCAGCUCAAUCCAGAACGUUAUACAGGCUAUACAGGUCCUUCAGCCAGGAGGAUAUGGGAUGCAAUAUAUUCUGAAAAUUGUCCAAGAUAUGCAUCUGGUGAGAUGUGCCAGGAGAAAAAGGUUCUCUACAAACUGAUAUCUGGUCUACAUGCCUCAAUUUCAGUUCAUAUCGCUGCAGAUUAUCUCCUUGAUGAAGCCACCAACAAGUGGGGUCAGAAUUUUGACGUAAUUCAUGAUCGGGUUUUGAAAUAUCCAGAACGUGUUAGAAAUUUGUAUUUUACUUUCCUUUUUGUACUCAGAGCCGUAACAAAGGCAUCAGACUAUUUGGAACAAGCUGAAUAUGACACUGGCAAUAAUGAAGAUGACUUGAGAACUCAGUCCUUGCUGAAACAACUGCUUUACAAUCAAAAGCUUCGGGCUGCAUGCCCACUUCCAUUUGAUGAAGCUAAGCUGUGGCAAGGGCAAAGUGGUCCUGAACUGAAGCAGCAAAUCCAAAAGCAGUUUAGAAAUAUAAGUGCGCUGAUGGAUUGCGUUGGGUGUGAAAAGUGUAGAUUAUGGGGUAAACUACAAGUUCUUGGUCUUGGCACAGCAUUAAAGAUCCUUUUUUCUGUCGAGGGUGACAACCACUUGAAUCAGCCUGUGAGUGUAUCCAUUCUGCAAUUGCAAAGGAAUGAAGUGAUUGCACUGCUAAACCUGCUUAAUCGGCUUUCUGAAUCAGUCAAACUGGUGCAUGAGAUGGCACCUUCUGCUGAAAAGAUAGUUGGGCAAGUUGCAGGUCCUCUUACAGAAGAAGUUAGCACAUUACAGAGAAUACGGCAAGCAGUAAAUAAUAUGAGGUUGAGGAGGUCUUCAUGAUGUAUCUGGAUGGCAAUUUUUUUACCAUCACUACGCAUAGUUAUAGAUUUGGAGGUAUACAAACACAUGUAGAGUGCUUUAUAAUUUUUGUACAUUUGCAUGCAGAUUUCAGUAAAAAUGUCUACAUGUUUUUUUGUUAGGUGGACACUGAUAAUCUUCAACUUAAAGAGGAUAGAAAACGUUGAGUUAACUUGAGAAUUGCCACCAUUUUAAUUGGCUAGUAUCUGCAAAAAUAGUAGUUAAACGUUCUUACCUUUCUCUUUUGUACAUUUUCUUAUUUUUUUCGUGUGUAAACUAAUUACUGUGCACAUAAAUUAUGGAAAUUAUAGUUAUUUCAUUGA